AUGUUCGACCCGUUCACCGCUACGCAAAUAAAGUCGCUGACCGCCGAACCACCAGAACACUUUGCACCUCUUUACUGGAUUACAGCAACGGUAAUGUUGCUGGCCGUAACGACCGUCCUUGCAGCGCCGGUCCAAAAUUUGGAUCCCGAUCUGAUCUUCUACGAUCACAUGCGUGACGAAAGUGGAUACAGCUUUGCGUACAAAACGAAAGAUGGUCAAUACCGCGAGGAGCAAGGAUACAUCGAUCCGGAAACGGGCAUCCUAACGGUGACGGGCUUAUAUCGUUUCCAGGGCACUGACGGUAAGACGUACGAGUUCAACUAUGAGGCAGACGAGAAUGGAUAUCGUAUCGUGAAGAAACCACCUCUUGGGUCUCCAAUUUCCAACACUGUGUUGCUUUCGCUCGUUGGUUGA